AUUAAUAAAUAAAAAUAUUUAUAGCGGGUUCUUAUAAAUAAAAGAAAGACAAAAACAGAGCAAAAAAUAGUUGCUGUCCAAAAGAAGACCAAACAAAUAUUCAUGGAAGUUUCUCCUGCCGAAUCGAAGAAUAUUAAACAAGAUUCCAUAAACGAGAUUGAAGGAACAUCUUUUGGUAGCAUUAAGGUGACCAUCAAGGAUAAACCGAGUUGUGAAUUGGAAGAGCAUCGAUUACACACUUUGAGAUCAUGCUUUGAGGCUCUUCAGGAAAACGCACGCGAUAAACGACGUCUUCGCGAAAUCAAGAUCAAUAUCCAAAGUAUCGCGAUUCGAAGAAACCUGAGAUCGUGCAUUCGCAUGUGGAAGGCGCACGUAGAAAAGGCAAAAGCUCAGCGAGAACACAAGGCGGAAAGUUCCGAUGCACGCAAGAUUGAGAAACUCAUUGAUACUAUUACAGAGACACAGAAGGAGUUGACAAAAUGUCAAAGAAUGGAAUCUUCGGAAAAGAGGCCUUUUUCAAUCAGAAACACCGAAGUGAAGAAGAAAACUCCAUCCAGGCCGUUCGUCAUCGAAUCGCCAGCGCAGAGUCGACUGAAUGCCCAGAAGGAGAUCAUCCGCAAGCAGAAGAUGAAGCUGGCUGAACAAGACAAGAUCAUCGAGGAACUGAAGCUGAAGCAGGUGCAGGAGGAAAUAAUGAGGGCUGGCGAGGAGACGGUGAACGCGGCUAAAGAAACUUUGACUCAUUGCGGUCAGCAAACCAGGAGGACCUUGAUCCAAUUGAUGAGACAAGCAGGCUACAGGGACAAGUCUUUGACGGCGCCGAUACGAGUGCCAAGUCCGCCUAGAUUUCUAAUGAGGAUGGAGGCGCGAGCGGAAGCGAGGAGGAAUAGAAUAAAACUACGCGAAGAAGCGCGACAGAGAAAACUGGAGGACGAGAGGAGAAUGCAAGAGGCGGCUAGGAAGGAGGAGGAGCAACAGAGGAGAAGAUUGCAACAAGAGGCCUUGCGCGAGGCGCGAAGAUUGCGCGAGGAACGAGAGCAACAACGAGCGCGUGAAAUAGAAAGAUUUAAAAGAUUGAAUGCCAUGGCGGAAGAAUUUUAUUGCAAGCACUUGUUGCGACGUUACAUAAUGGAACCGUUCAUCGCACUCGUUGAAACAAAGAAUAAUCGCAUGAACAAAGCCGAGAAUCACUAUAGACGGUGCUUACUGCGGAAAGUAUUCAUGAGAUGGAGAAUGGAAACAGAAUGCCAAACUCAAAUCAAAACCGAGUUAGCUAUAUCGUUGUACAAUAGAAACUUAUUGUGGCACGCGUUGCAAACGUGGAAGGAAUUUGCAAAAGAAGAGAGAAGAAAAGAGCAAGUUGCUAAAGAUUUUUCCGACAUGAAAUUGCAGAACAAAUGUUUCAAACUGUGGAAGAUAAAAACAAUGGAAUACAAAGCAGAACGAUUGAAGAAUGAGCGUUUAGCUUUAGAACACUACGAAGAAAAGUUGAAAAUAAAGUACUUCAAUAUGUGGAAAAAAUAUCCCAAAAUAGUGCCGCAAAUCAUGGAGAGUGAACGAAUGAGAAACACGUGGCGGGAAAUAGUGCAAGAAGUAAUUCCGGAUUUCGAUCCCAAACAAAGAGGUGUAAUACUAGAAGAUUAAUGACAAAUUUAGAAACAACAUAGAUUUAAUAUUGUACAACACAAUCGUUGGCCUCGUAUCUGAAUGAGGUAAAGAGUAGCCUUACUCCUAAAUAUAUGUACGAUAAAGCAGCAUUUUUUUACGCG